AUGGAUGGAAAACCAGGCGGCGGCCUGCCAUGGUUGGACUCGCCGGUUAUGUUCCACUCAUCUAGGGCCGACAAAUGCAAAAUGACGGCAGAGCAAUGUGCCUAUCGAUCAGGAUACUGGAGAUAUUGGUACGAAGCAGACCAUGUUUAUUCACUGAGCACAAUAUAUUUCCUAUGCGCAACUGUCGGAUUGUUCACAAUUGUCCACUUUCUUUCUAAAAAUGCGCCGGUACGAAUGAAAAGAAGCGGUAUAUGGCAGAAAGCGACGGCCGUUGGACGAUACCUCGCAUACAAAGGGUACAAACUACCUGCAAUGCGCUAUUUCUCUCCUUCCCUGGGGGUUAUUAUCUUGGGGGCUAUAGGCACAAUCUUCUUCUUCGCCAUGACGCUCGGCCCUAAGCCUUACUACUGGCCUAAUACAAGGGAUGGAAAGGUCUCCUAUGGAAACAGCCCGCCUAUCGCAACUAGGACUGGAUGGAUGGCAUUAGCGUUGUUGCCUUUUGUGCUGGCUUUGGGCGCCAAAGCCAACCUCAUAUCAGCAUUGACUGGAGUCUCCCAUGAAAAGCUUCAGGUCUACCACCAUUGGACAAGCUAUGCCAUGUUUGUUCUCGCUUUGAUACAUACUUUUCCCUUCAUAAUUUUCAAUAUCUGGAAAGGUCAGAUGGUCAACAAAUGGAACACCAGCAUGGUCUACUGGACAGGAGUCGCGACCUUAAUCCCACAGGCAUAUCUCACGUUCAUGUCGUUACCAGCUAUUCGCAACCGAUAUUAUGAAUUCUUCAAGGCAACACACUUCCUUGUUGCACUACUCUUCCUCCUCUUUUUCUUCUUUCACUGUGACUUUCGCCUUACCUCCUGGGACUAUUUUGUCGCUGCAGGUGCAGUAUAUCUUUGUAGUCUCUUUGCAGCAUGGAUCCGUACCCAUUUCAUCAAUGGCCGUCACACUGCUACCAUCGACCUUCUCCUCUGCGGCUUUGUACGAAUCCGAAUCCCAACAGUCAUGUCCUGGCGGCCAGGUCAACACAUCUUUCUUCGAUUCUUGAGCCCGGAACUGGGCUUGCACUGCCUAACCGCACAUCCGUUCACCAUUUGUUCCCUCUCGCACGACCCGGACAAGAUGGGCAAAGCAUCUGAGAUUGUAUUCUAUCUUAAACCCCGCCACGGCAUAACGGCCCGUCUGGCAAAGAUAGCCGCUAAAAGCCCCGUGUUCUCCAAGACCGUGCUAUUAGAGGGCCCUUACGGCGGAAUCUCCGAUACCGCUAAUCCCUCUGGCUUCGAUACUAUCCUCGUCAUCGCGGGUGGUUCCGGUGGUGGUUUCUCUCUUGCUAUCCUUGAGGAUGCUCUGAGGGCGUGCGAAAAUGCGCCAGACGCCCAGCAACGCAAUAUUCGUGUCGUUUUCGCCACCCGAAAUACCAAAGUAGCAGAGUGGUACAGGGAGGAGAUUGAGGAUAAGGUCUCGAUGUACAGUGUAUCGGCCAAGAGCAUAUGUGUUUCCAUUCACGAUACCUCACUGGAGCUAGCUGGCAUACCAGUGUCCGCAACUGGAACUAAGGACGAGCCCAAAGAAGUGGCCGACGUGAUUGAGCCCGCUUUAUCAGAGAAAGGGAGCUGUGCUGCGGAUAAAGAUCAACACGUUAGCACGGUUGUCCGUGGCCCUCGUCCUGAUCUACCUAAUAUUAUUACUACGACUACUGCAGGAACAGGUAGCCAGAGGACAGCUAUCUUUGCCUGUGGCCCUGCGUCUAUGUUACAUGAUGUGCGGAAUGCGGCGGCUGAGGCGCAGAAGCGGGCGCUGAGAGGAGAAGCCGAGGUUUAUUUGCAUACUGAAUCAUUUUCGUGAGUAUAUGUAUUCCUAUUUCUCAUACAGUUGGUUUACUAAUAGGUCAAGGUGGUGAUGUUUAUAUUUGAUGGAGCCGCUGAAGCAUACAGUGAUGAAAAAGCUACUUUCUCCGAUUGUUGAUCAAUAUUUAUACCCAAACUUGGAGAUGUGAACAAUAACUAGUUAUGGACCUGCG